AUGACGACCGCCAUGGCGAACACAGCAGGAUACACCAAGAAACUUCUAGUCUAUGGCAUCGGUUACUAUGGCUAUCUCGUUGGAGGCAUCGUGGGACCGCAAACCUUUAUAGCAAACCAAGCACCCGCAUACACUGGAGGGAUCACGGCAAUGCUCGCCUCCUACUGUAUUGCGAUAUUUCUCAUUUCAAUCUACAUGGUUAACAGUAUCCCACUUAACCGCCGUAACGCCAAGAUCGCGGUCGAGCAUCCCGAAAGCACGGCGGAAGGCGAUAUUCUCGAUGGUUGGCAGGAUCAAACAGACUUGACCAACACGAAAUUCAAGUUCCUAAUCUAG